AUGAACUAUUUCAUUAGCAUUAAGGACAAUAUUCAUGCGUAUUUCGCCUUCCAUUCGUACGGGCAGUAUAUCCUGUUUCCGUACGGACACACAAACACCUAUUACUCCGAAAACUACUAUGAUAUGAUGGAAAUGGGAGAAGCGGCAGCUAUCGCUAUCUUCCAAAAAUAUAAAACUACAUACGAAGUCGGUACAACGGCUGAUGUACUAUAUAUCAAUUCUGGAUCUUCCCGUGACUGGGCGCAUGGUACGCAAGGAGUACCCGUAGCUGCUACGAUCGAGUUCCGCGACACGGGUUAUCACGGGUUCAUUCUACCGCCAGAGCAAAUCAUUCCUAACGCCAUAGAAAUUUUAGACGGUUUGGUUGCAUUUCUACGUAAGGGUAAAGAAAUUGGAUAUUUCACUGUUUAA